UUUUUUUGCUGAAAAUCGUGCUGUAUGGGACUAUAAUGGGACGGCCGGAGCAAAACCUGCCAACGCGCGCAAUCUCGAAGGCCAUGCUUCCAGUGGCGUUUGCGGCGGCCUGCGGGCUUCUGCUGGCCACAAUUUCUCCAUAUGUUUACAAGGCAUUUGUCGGGUACUACUCCACUGAUCCGGAGGCAAUGGCAACUGAGCUGUUUGAAGAGUUUUGGCAGUGGAGGCUGAAGGAUAGCCCCGAGUUCGCCACCAUGGUCGGCUUUCACGGUUACGACCACCUGUUGGAGUCAUACUCGAUCAAGUCGUUUCAAGACAGGAAAGAGAAAAUACAGUAUUUCCUCAAAAAGGCAGAGAAGCUGCCCAAGUUGGAGAACCAGUGGUCUGCAGCAAGCCUGAACAUACUGAUUGACGGACUGGAUGGCUACCUUCGUGGUCUUGACACACAUGGCCACCUUUAUCCAAUCAGCUUCAUUGAAGGAGUCCAUGUGGACAUCUUCCAGACCAUUGACUACAUGAUGUUCAAUACUGUGGAGGACUUCAAGAAAUUAUUGUCCAGAUAUGAGAAACUUCCUAAGCAGCUUGAAGAAAUCACAGAACUGAUGAAGGAAGGCAUCAAACUUAAGAAAACUGCACAUGCUGUGUCAAUGAAACAUGUCCUGGAAAGGCUAGCCUCAUUUGAAGGGCCAGCUGAGAAUUCUGAGUUCUUUCAACGUUUUGAAAAGUACCCCGAUACCAUUUCCGAACAAGACAGGAAAGUUCUCAGGCAAGAUGCAGUGAAAGUAAUAGAGACAUCAGUGCUGCCUGCUUUCAGUAAGCUUAGAAAGUUCAUUAAAGAGGAGUAUGUGCCUCACCUAAGGCCAGAGAUUGCAGCCACCUCCCUACCGGCUGGCGAAGUCUACUACAAGGAGUGUCUGCGCUACCAUCUUGAGCUUGACCUCACUCCUCAGGAGGUGCAUCAGUUGGGCCUGGAUGAAGUGAAGAGGAUAUCCGACAGCAUGAAGCAGAUUAUCAAGUCCUUGGGUUCUGAUGCAAGCCCAAAGGAAUUUUCUGCAAUGAUCCGCAAUGAUUCAUCUUUCCUGUGCAAAUCAAGUGAGGAGGUUGUAAGGAUGUAUGAACAGUUGCUUGAAGAAGAAAUCAACCCAAAGCUACUCACUAUUUUCCCUUCAGUACCAAAAUCCCCUCUCAGAGUUCAGCUCCAAGAUGCCUCCAAGUCUAGUGGGCCAUGUGCCAUGUACAUCCAGGGCACAACCGAUUUCUCUCGCCCUGGAAUAUUCUAUGUCAAUGCCGCUGACCUGACCAGAUCGCCGAAGUACCUCAUGGCUGCAUUGGCAUUGCAUGAAGGUAAUCCUGGUCACCAUUUGCAGGGCUCUUACGCCAUGGAGCUGCCCAGCAUGCCAGCUUUUCGAAGCCAGAUUGAAGACCGGCGCUACAAUGAUGGGCCUGUGCACUUCCCUCUCCACACUGCCUAUGUUGAGGUGAGUUCCAGAAUCGUAGCAGUAUUUCAGAUACCCAAUUUAGAUUUACAAACGUCUGUGAUUUGCCGUUCCAAAAGUGCAUUUGGUGUGUUAAAUGCUUGUGUUGCAGCUUAUAAAGUGCAAUUGAGUACUAGUAGUUGUCUUCACCACAAUUGUGGCAUCGACAAGAGCACACUGAACCAGAGAUCCAUCAAGGGUCUCGGAAGGGCUGCUGUGGAGAGCUGGCGAAAGAUGUGUUGUAGAUGUUGGAGCAGUAGAUCUAGACGGGCACUUGGAUGCGAGAUGUCCCUUUUGACGGCACUGAAAACACACAGCUUCGGCCAAGUUCUGGCCAGGACGGCAUGUGCUUACAAAGUUGGUGAGCUGAAGAUCAAACAGUUGCGCCAGAAAGCGCAGGAUUCACUAGGUGCAAAAUUUGAUGUCCGAGCAUUCCACAAGGUCAUCCUUGACAAUCCUGGACCACUGACCUUUCUAGAAAAGCAAGUCAACAAGCACAUUUUGGAAACAAAGGGUCAUUAAGACAGGAGCUGCAACAGGCUGGCGCGAUAUGUUCAAGACUUCACACAAUCACAUAUUUUGUUUCGUUUUGCUCUUGAGCCAUGUGAUGCACAGUACUCCAUCCAUGACAUACCUCAUUCUUGUCUUAAAUGAUUUUGAAAACUGGUAAUUUGUACUAGGAAACAAUAGCAGAAAUGUGGGUGGGGUGGGUUGGCAUGCUUUCCUAUGUUGAUUUUCACCAGGGUUGAAAAUGUAUAUAUCUAAACUUAGAAUAUGGUGCAGCCUGCAUGAUAUGCUGGGAUUUAAUGGGUUAGAGACAAUUUGGAUAGUGACAGACAGAUAUUGUAGGGGGCUGAAAGCUUUCGCCUUGACAUGCUAUCAUUACUUUUUCACAAUGGACAAUAUUGAGUGUCAUGUAUUUUGUAAUUAGACCGCCAUGAAUUUGGGAAAUUGGAUCAUUCGAGCGCAAUUUUUAGUCCUGGCCUUAUUCUAUGGUACAGAAAACUUGUUAGUUCGGAGUUUCGGACGUGUUGGUUUGCAAGCCAGUCAGUUAAGGUGGCAGUCCCACUCCGGAGGCAGCCAGCAGGAAGCAUCGCAGAUGAAGUGGCGGUGAUGGUGAACAGACCAAGCCUAAAGCAGCAGAGUAUGUAUUAACGGGAUCAUUACUCGGAAAAGAACCACGGACACUACACCCAGCCCCUCCAUUUGCAUUUUGCCUCGCCUGCUUGCAGGGCUUGCUUACAGCGGCGGUCUUAGCAAACAGUUCUUUCAUUGUCGUAAGGUGAAACACAUACAAUCUGACAGUCAUGGCAGAAACUGCCGACAGAAAGAAUUAUGGGUGCUUCGAGUAAUAGCUGCAUGCUACCAUUCAAGGGGAUGAUUGCAUUGCUAUUAACGGCACCCUUUUGGCUGCAUGUUAUCUGUUCUUGUGGCCAGCACACUCAUGAUGAAGUAAUCGGGAGAUGUGGUGAGGGGUUGUGUGAAGCAAGCUUCAAAUGAAUUCACAUAUGGCACACCAUCAUUACCCCUGUCACACGGUGUUUGGUGGCAUUCCAUGUGAAUUCUCUGAAAAGGUCCCUCUACAUCAUUUGCACAAGUUGACAAAAAUGGUUUUUUCGCAGAUUUCAAGUAAAACAUAAACAAGCAUAACAGGAUGCCUUGCUUUUCUUAAUAUUUUAUUUUCUUGUUAUUAUGAUUUUUUAUAAUUUGGCAUUCUGACACUUUUUUUUUUUCACUGUUGUGAAAUUCUAAUUAAAGCGAUUUUAUUGUACUUGAUGUAAAGCCAUACAUGUGUGUCUGUUUUUUUUUUUUUUUUAGUACAUGUACUUUCUUGAUUUCUUCUUGAUGUAUAAAUGCAACUAUGCUUCAGUUAGCAAAUUUCUAGGCAGCGGAUGUUUUAUAGCUGCAAUGUUAUGCUUUGAUUUUUGUCUUUAUUGCCUGUAAGACUGAGUUUAGUUAGCCCAUGUUCGACUGCUGUUGCAGUUAGCAGCAUAGGCUGUGGUGUCAGGUUGAGCGUCUCUGGGAAUGCCUUUAAUUUGUUUUGUACUGCAAAUUUCUUCAGUAAUAAAG